AUGAACACGACAAGCAUCACUCAAACCAACUUGGACGGUAUCCUACCAUUAGUGGCUAGAGGUAAAGUUAGAGACAUUUACCAAGUCGAUGAUCAAACUUUGUUGUUCGUCGCUACUGACCGUAUUUCUGCGUACGAUGUCAUCAUGAAGAAUGCAAUUCCAGAAAAGGGUAUCUUGUUGACCAAGUUGUCCGAAUUUUGGUUUGAUUUCUUGAAGGAAGAUGUCCGCAACCAUUUGAAACCAUUAGGUCCAGGUGAAACCAUCUUUGACAAAUUACCUGCAAAGCUUUCAGAAUCUAAGUACAAAGUUCAAUUGGAGGGAAGAUCUUUGUUGGUUCAAAAACACAAAUUAAUCCCAUUAGAAGUCAUCGUUCGUGGAUUUAUCACAGGAUCUGCCUGGAAAGAAUACAAGAAGACCGGUACUGUCCAUGGUUUACCACAGCCAGAAGGUUUACUGGAAUCUCAGGAAUUCCCAUCUCCUAUCUUCACUCCUUCUACUAAAGCAGAACAAGGUGAGCACGACGAAAAUAUUUCUCCGGAACAGGCAGCUCGAUUGGUCGGUCAAGACUUAUGUGACAGAAUCGAGAAGUUGGCUAUAAAAUUGUACACAAAAUGUAAAGACUUUGCCAAAUCAAGAGGUAUAAUCAUCGCUGACACAAAGUUUGAGUUUGGUAUCGAUGAAUCUACUAAUGAAAUAAUCCUUGUGGACGAGGUUUUAACCCCAGAUUCCUCUCGUUUCUGGAACGGUACCAACUUUGAAGUCGGUAAGACUCAAGAUUCUUACGAUAAACAAUUUUUAAGAAAUUGGUUGACUGAUAACAAACUUGCAGGUGUUGACGGUGUUGAAAUGCCUCAAGAUAUUGCAGACCGCACUAGAUCAAAAUACAUCGAGGCCUACGAACAGAUUACAGGUCAAAAGUGGAACAUUUAA